AUGGGCUGGACCGAGAGCUGCUCCAGAGACAAAUCACUGGAAGAAGAAAACGGCAACAUGGCAAACGUGAUGCUGGACUUCACCGACCCCGAAGGGGAGGAGGAAGAAUUCGAGGAAGUCACCUUCGAGGAUGAAAUGGUCGAAAGCCUCAAGUCGCUCUCGGACGUUUUUUCCGCGCAGCGCCUAAAUCGGUACGUGCAAGGCGACCUCGGCACGCUUCCACCGGCGCCGACAGACGGUCGUUUGACGGUUUUCCUGGACAUCGAUGAGACGCUCGUUCACGUCACGCCGUAUCCUCUCCCGUUCCUGAAGCCUGACUCUACAUUCCUUCUGCAGGAGCCGUCGCUGUCGUCCCCGUCGCAGGGCCCCCCGUCGCCUUCUCUGUCGCCGGUGUAUCUACCGGGCGUCAGCCCAGGCCCUGCCCCCCGCGCGGCGCUGCUUCACGUCUACUACCGGCCGUUUCUGUUUUCCUUUCUUGAGCGACUCGUGAAGACGCAGCACUACGAACUCGUCCCCUUCACGGCGGCGCUCGCCGAGUACGCCGACCCUAUCUUGGAUGGCAUCGAGGCGAAGCUGGGUGGCGCCCGCGGCAGUCUCUUCGCCGGCAGGCUUUACCGACAGCACUGCGCGCGGGCCUCGCGCCCGCGCCUUGCUCAGGACGCUCUGCCUGACAUUGCUGAGAAGGCAGGUAGGCCAACUGAGUCAGACGCGCCCGCGCCGCAGCCAGCAGAAAACACCGAGACGAGCGACGCCGCCGACCGAAGCGACGGCGGAGAGACAGACAGGGACAAACUCGCGGAUGAGGGCGACAGCGGAGAUAGGCACAGACGCAGAAAGAACCAGAAGGGCGCCAAGCGCAAGAAGGACGAGAAGAAGAAGGCGGGCGGCAAGAAGAAGCCGCGAGGCAGCGAGGACCCUGCCGACAGCUCCGAGAAGAAGGAAGAGGGAGAAAGCUCCAGAGAGGCGAGCCAGGAGGCCGAACCGGCGGAGGGGGCUGAGAAAGCAGACGAUGAACGGGACUCUGGCAGCAGUUUGAAUGGCAUCAAACAGGAGGCAGAAGCUGGCUCUGAAGAGGGAUGCGGCGUCGACGGCGCGCGAGGCGCCGAGGCUGAGGAGGAACUGCUUUACGUGAAAGACUUGGCGCAUGCAGCCCCCGACCGUUCGCUCUCGCGCAGCGUGUUGCUGGACAACUCGGCAAUCUCGUUUGCGCCGCAGCUCGCCAACGGACUGCUGCUGCGUCCUUUUUACGGAGACCCGCAGGAUCGCGAGCUCGAGGCCGUCCUCUCUCUGCUUCUCGAUCUGGCCGGGAAGCACGGAGACAUCCGAGACAACAUGAAGGAAGCCGGCAUGCUGCAUAAAGUCUCGCAGAUGCUCGUCUUGCUUCCCGAGCUCCGCGACUCAGCCCUCGUCGAGGCGCUGCAGACGCAGCUGGAUCAAGGCAGACCGGACCUGCGUGCGCAGCCCGUUGAGCCGCGCGACGAAAAAGGUGGUGAGUCGCGCGGUGAGCAGCGCGAGCCGGAGGGGAACUCAGACCGCCGAGACGAAAGUCGAGGGCGCAGAGACCCUGAGGGAGGCGCAGAUGCCGAGGAAGGCGCUCCGGGAAAAGAGACUGAAGGAAAGGAGCAGGCGGCAGCCAGCGACGGGGAGCCAGGAGAGAAGGAAGAAGAAAACGAGAGAUGUGCGAGUGAAGGGGAAGUCGGUGGCGACAACCAGGGCGCGCGACGGGGGGGAGAAAUCGACGGAGGCGUGUGUGAGGAGAGGCAAAAAAGCAGCGGCGCAUGCGAAGACUCGAGGAAGGCGUCCUGCGAGGCCAACACGGAGAACGAUAGGGGAGACGAGGGUCUAGCAGGAGGCGCGAGUGUAAAGGGGACUUCUGAGGACGGGUGCGGUAACUCAGAUCAGGAGAACGACGUAGCGGCACGCGAGCACGACUUGUUCCCUGAGUGCGCCGGAUCGCAGGCCCCCCAGGAGGCCUCGGCGUCGGCGUGUUGUCCGACCCCGGGUUCGUGCGAGUCUCCAGCUUCGUACGAGGCUUCCGCGCCAUGUGACGCUUCAUCUUUGUGUGAGGCGUCGCCUUCGCGUGAAGGUUCCGCGCCGUGUGACGCUUCAUCUUUGUGUGAGGCGUCGCCUUCGCGUGAAGGUUCCGCGCCAUGUGACGCUUCAUCUUUGUGUGAGGCGUCGCCUUCGCGUGAAGGUUCCGCGCCAUGUGACGCUUCAUCUUUGUGUGAGGCGUCGCCUUCGCGUGAAGGUUCCGCGCCAUGUGACGCUUCAUCUUUGUGUGAGGCGUCGCCUUCGCGUGAAGGUUCCGCGCCAUGUGACGCUUCAUCUUUGUGUGAGGCGUCGCCUUCGCGUGAAGGUUCCACGCCGUGUGACGCUUCGUCUUUGUGUGAGGCGUCGCCUUCGCGUGAAGGUUCCGCGCCGUAUGACGCUUCAUCUUUGUGUGAGGCGUCGCCUUCGCGUGAAGGUUCCGCGCCAUGUGAGGCUUCCGCGCCGUCUGAGGUUUCGUCUUCAGGUCAGGAGCCUCUGGUGCUGGCUGGCUUGGGCGCCUACGAGUCGCUCCCGAGUCUGCCUGCGAAGCAGGCCGGAGAGGAGUCGUGCCGGUCGACGGAGCCGCCCUCCACGCACGUGGCGGCUGAGAGCCCCGCCAGUCUCUCGUCGCCGUCGUCCGCGUUGUCUCCGCCGGCGCCUUCUUUCCUUCCCGAAGACGCUCGAAAUCCCCCCACGUCGGCGGCCUGUUCGCCGUCGGCCGACGCGGAGAGGAAAGACGCCGUCCCCCCCUCUUCUUCAGCUCUCUUUCUCUGCUCCACGUCUGCGGCCGAACCUGUUCCCAGCCUGCCUCUGCAUAAACAGUUCCACUCGCUGGAGUGCGCGCGACAGCUGCUCGCUGCAGAAGCGGAGGCGGGCGCCAUGGGACAGAAGCCGAAGCGACGCUGUAUCUGCGGCAGCGAGAAGGCGAGUGAAGACAUCGUCGGACUCCUGCGUUCGCUUAUCCUCAGUUCCUCGCUGAACCCGCAGUCUGAAGCCACGAAGAAGCUGCUUGACGCCGUCCACAGCGCCUCGCUGCAGGCGCAUCUUUCACUGCUGGCGGCGUCGCCCAACCCGAGCCGCGAUCGCGAGGGGCGGGCAAAGCGCAGGGGCGAGGCGCCGCCGUCUGGGGGAGACGGCGACACAGAGGAGGCGGAUACGGAGAGCGGGCGCGAGGACGCACAGAGGGUGACAACGCGGAGGAGGGAAGAGAAGAGGAGGAAGCGGCGCGCGCGGCGAAGACGCAGCCGGGGCGAAGGAGGAGAAGAAGCUCAGAGACGAGACGAGUCGAGCGGCGACGAGAGGCAGAGUGAAAGGGAGGGCGAUUUUCGUUCCUCUUGGAAGUCGCCUUCACCGGGAGACCCCGAGCCCUGCCUGUCGCGUGGGUCGUCGCGGGCAGAGGAGUGGGCUGGACGCUUGACUAGCGCCGCGCCUUCGUACGAGUCUCUGCAGAUAUGGCCUUCCGCAGAUCCAGAGAGGUCGCCGUCAGUUCCUCGCUCCUCGGGGCGCGCUGAGCCCAGCGAGCAGGGCGUCUUGUCCGGGCGGCCGUUAGAGGAGAAUACAAGAAGGUUUCGCCGAGUUGAGGGCGCGCCGCCGGAGUGUCUGACCCCGUCGCGGCAAGCAGAGAGCCCCUCGGCAGCUUCUCUCGUCCUCACGCUCCAUCCCACGCAGACGUCUUCGCUCCCCUCUGCCGCCGCGCCGUCCGCUGUCCCCCCGGAUGCCUUUGCGGCGCUGCGUCGGCCCCCUCCACCUCCGCCGGAUACUGGAGAGGCGCGGGAGAGUUUGCGCAUUUCCUCUUUUGUCUGUCCUUCUCCCUCGCUCAGCGUCUCGCGCGCGUCGCCGCCAGGGUGUUCCCUGCCUCCGCCGCCGCCCUCGCCGUUUCCAUCCUCGCCGCUUCCCAGCCCCGAGCGCCUGCGAGAGAGUCGUCAGCAGACUUUCCAUCUGCAGGAGCCCGCACGGUCCACCACUCCGCCCCCCAGGCAGCAGCAUGGAGAGCGAAGCGGCGCGGCGGCCUCUCAGCGUGGGGAGGAAGCACGCGCGAGGGAGCCGAGCCGAGGGGCUGCCAGAGCGCGAAGCGAACAGGGCUACCCCAGCCCCUUCGCCCCGCCGGCGCUCGCUGGAGGGCAUGGCAGCGGCGACGAGAGGGAGAGGGCGGGCGCGGAGGAGGAAAGCGGAAGAAGCGCGACGGAGGCGAGGCCGACCGACAGACGCCGCAGAGAGGAGGAGAGGAGAAGCGAAGUCCGGGGGGCGACACAGCCUGCCGAGCAGGCGCCUCAGACACGAGAGACGCUGGCGCAGGCAGCGGAAGCCGCGCUCAUCAGCGCAAUCCCCUCGAUGGGGCAGAAGGCGCCUUCGUCCUCCUCGCCGGUGACCCCGUCUCCUCUCGCUGCGGCGUUUUGUGCCUCCUCGCUGCGUAGACGCACGUGCGCCGGCCGCCUGCCGGAGUCGCAUGAGCGCGGAGUCGCCCCGAUGCAUUCUUCUGGCAGCCCUCUGAGAUCCAGGCCGAGCCCGCCGCCCUCUCCGCUUUCUUCGCCUUCAUCGUUGCUGCCUCCUUCGUCGCCUCUGCCCUCCUUUGCCGCCGAGCCGGAUUCCUCUUCGCGGCCUGCCGCCUUCCUCUCCUCGUCUGGUGUGGCGUUGCUUCCUGGCGCCGCGGCUUCUUCGUCAUCGUCGCCUGCGCUUCCGCGUCUCGCCGCCGCGGACGGCGGCCGCGCGCAGAGACAGGAGAGCAGAGACGUCGAGGCUGCGGCGAGCGUGACGAGGGAGCGCAGCAGAGACCUUCAUACCGCUGGCGUGACGAAGACACCCGACGCAGAGAGGGCGGGGCAGGAGGAAGCAAAGGAGGCGGCGCCCCCCGGCAGGAGCGCGUCAGAGGAACCUGGGAGGCCGCUCUCUCCUCGAGGUAAAGCCGAGCAGCUUUCUGCGCCUGCGCGGAUUGAGCAAGGCACCGCCGCGGCGGUGCUGGCCUCUUCUCAGCUGUCGCGCGCCUCUGUGCCCGCCUCGAUGUCCCUCGCUCCCGCGUCGCAGCUGGGGCUUGCAGAAGCGGCGGGGAAGAAGGAGACCGCGGGUGGGGCGCCGCGGCCGCAGGCUAGUAUGUGGCUCGGCGCGACAACGAAGACUUCACGGGGCCUGGAGCUCGUGCGGUCGCCGCCCGCCUUGGCCCCCGUCGGUGUCUCCUCUGGAGCGCGCCCGCACUCGUCGUCCCCAGUGGUCGCGGCGUCUGCAGGCGCCUUCGCGAGUGCACCCAAGGCGUGUCCUCCUCUCUCCGCCAGUUCCCGCCCCGCCGUCUCCUUCGAGCCGGCCGCCCCGCCGCCGGCAGCGGAGGCGCGGGCGUCUGCCCCCCAAGACUGGUGCGCAAGUUUCGCGGCGGCCUUCGGUUGCCACGCGGCGCCGACAGUGGAGAGCGAGCCCUCGUCGCGGCAGCAAACGCGGGAUCUGCCAGCGUCUGUGGUGAGCCCCGCGUCUCUCUCGCGCGCGACAGCUACCCAUCCCCAGCACCCCGCCCUGUCCUACUACCCGGUGCCGACGAACGUCGACCUGGGGACAAGCCGGCCGCUGCUCUCUCCGAGGCCCGCGGCCUCGCCGUCGCUCGCCUCGUCGCUGCAGGCGAAUCCUUCGUCGCGGCAAUCCUCGUCGCCGCCGCUCGGUUCGUGGUUGGCUUCGCGCUCCUUGCCAACUUCGGCCUCUCCCGCCGUCGCGCAGCAUCCCACGCUUGCGAGCCACCUGCUGGGCGGAUCGCCACUCACAGCCGUUGCCGUGUCUGCGGCGGCCGAAGUCGCCCGCAGCCACGGCCUCGUCGGCACCGAAGGCCGCCGCGAGGUCCUGCUCUGGAAUAACGAGGCGGAGGAGGGCGGCAGCCGAGACGUGGGCGCCAGGCGGCCUGCGUCCGACGUCGCUGGCGCGGACGAGGAGGACAUGAAGACGCGCGAAGUCGAUAUCUACUUUGCCGCGACUUCAUGCGGCGGCGGCGUCGCGCGGCGAGGAUCUGCCGCCGCCUGCGAGGGCGCCGAAGACGCAGAAAGGAGAGGAGAGGCGGCGCCCGAGAAGAGAGAGUCGGGAGAGGGGGAGAAAGAGGAAGGCGACGCCAGCACACUGCGAUUUGCCAGCUGCAGGUCGUCUCCUCCGCUCUCCUCUUUCGUCUCGCUUCACGACGGGGAAGGAGCCUUCCCCUUCUCGCACAUUGCCACGCGAAAAGGCAGCCCCGUGCCCUCCGCAUCUCCGCCUGCGUCUCUGGCCGUUUCGUCGCCGCCUCUGACUUCGCCUGCGUCUUCGCUACCUCCAUCCGCGUCGCCAGCGCGUUCGCCAGCCGCAGCGGUGGUGCAGCCUGCGGUCGUUUCGGGUCAAGACGGCGCGACGCGGAGGGAGUAUGCGUCGCCGCUGUCCGCUGCAGACGUGCGUCGCCUCGCGUACGCGUCCUCGACUUCGCCGCCCGUCGUCGCCCUUCUGUCGCCCUCCUCCGCCUCGUCCGCGUCGCCCUCCUCCGCCUCGUCCGCGUCGCCCUCCUCCGCCUCGUCCGCGUCGCCCUCCUCCGUGUCCCGCGUUGCGUCGGGAGUGAUGCCGGCGUCGUUCGCCUAUCCCUCCUCCUCGCUUCCUCCGUCUCCGAUUGCAUACCAGAGUCCCCACGCCGCCGCGGCGGGGGGCGUCUACACACUGCCGCUGCCGCAGGGCUCUCAGCAGGCUGCCUCGGCGGCCGCGCGGAUUCGGUCGGCCUCUGCGCGUCCCGCCGCUGCGUGGACCCCCUCAGCGGCUGCAUCUGUUUCGCCGGCGAGUCCUGCGUGGCAGGCAAACGCGUGGCUGCCUCUGGUGUCCGUGCCCGCGCCAGGUGCCCUCGCGGGCGUCUCCAAACGCAGUUCGCCUUCUCUUUCGCCGUCGCCGCGCGGGAGGCCGAUGCAGCGCUUCGCCGUCUCUGCGGGCCCUCAGCGGCUUCCGUCCAACGUCCCGCGCGUGGUGUCGGGCGGCGGUCAGACGAUCUUUCUCGGCACCCAGGCUGCAGACGCGAGGUCGCGAGCGCCCGCGGCGCCUGCCCCUCUCUCGCCGCCUUCCACCAUCCUUUCGUUUUCUCUCCCUGCGUCGCAGCCGCCCGCGAAUUCCUUUUCUCCGCGAGGCCCGACAUCCUCCUCCUCCUCUGCGGUGGCGGCGGCGUUCCAGGGCAGUGCCUUCGUGGCGCCGCCCUCGCCGCGCCUACUGGCGACGACGUCGUCGUCCUUCGCGCCGACUUCGAGUUCGUUUUCACCGCUGCCGUCGUCGUCCUGUUCGCCUCCUCUCGGCUCCCUCGCGCCCUCCUUUCCGCUUGCUCCACCGUCUGCGGGACCUGCAGCCGCGGCGGUCUUCCCUGGAAGCGGACCUUCGCAUCAUGUCCAGGCGCAGAAGGCGCGCACGGGCGCGGAGAGCCGCGGGCGGAGCUCGGGAGAGAGCGCAGCCCAGGGGACGCCGCGAUCGGGCUUCUGCAGGCAGCUCACGCCGCGGGGAUCACACGUGUGGAUCUCAACCGCUGGGGGAGAGGCGCAGAGACGCGCCGCCUCGCUGCUGAGCAAACCUGUGUCUCUAAAGCCUCACUAG